UCUCAUUUCAGUGUUGCGUUUGAGCAACAAAGGACAAAACGUUUAUUGAAUUUUCAUGACUGUUUAAUGCUGAACCGCAAUGAUGUUGAACAGCACUAGUGGUCUUUUGGGAAACACAACAUUUAGCAUGAUGACGUCAGCGGAUUACUACGAUUACUAUAACAAUGGCAUUGAUGGUGAACUGUGUGAAUAUAACAAACAUGCAAGCCAUUUUCUCCCUGUGCUCUACUCCCUGUUCUUCGUGGUGGGCUUCCUGGGCAACGCGUUGGUGCUCUGGGUGAUCCUGAUGGGUGCUCAGAUGAAAAGCAUGACUGAUGUGUCUCUCCUGAACCUGGCUAUGGCUGACCUUCUACUACUCUUCUCUCUUCCCUUCCUGGCUCACUACGCCAGAGGUACUUGGCCUUUCGGCAAUGCCAUGUGCACUCUGGUCCUCGGUGUGUACUACAUCGGAUUUUACGCCGGCAUUUUCUUUAUUGUGCUGAUGAGCAUCGACAGAUACUUGGCUAUCGUCCAUGCUGUGUUUGCCUUGAGAAUCCGAUCAAAAACUUAUGGGAUUUUAGCCAGCGUGGUCAUCUGGAUUGUAGCUAUUGCAGCAUCAUUUCCUGAGCUACUGUAUCUUGGAGUUGAACACUAUGACAACAAAACUAUUUGCAGUGCUUAUCCAAAAGACAAUCGUCACAAUACUGUGAGAAGUAUAGCUUUCUUUAAAAUGAAUGUUUUGGGAAUGCUAAUUCCGCUGAGUAUUGUGGGAUUUUGCUACUCAAUGGUUCUCCGGAGGCUUCAGAUGCUGCGUAAUUCCAAGAAACUGGCCAUUCGUCUUGUUGCUGUGGUCAUGGUGGUGUUCUUCUGCUGUUGGAUGCCAUACAACAUUGCAGCAUUCCUCAAAGCACUGGAACUGAAGGAAAUCCUGACUCCAAACUGUGAGCUCAGCAAAAGGACCCAGCUGAUGCUGCAAGUCACUGAAGCUAUAGCGUAUUCGCACAGCUGCCUCAAUCCUUUCCUCUAUGUGUUUGUGGGUGAAAAGUUCAGGAGGAACCUCAUCAGGCUUCUGCGCCUGACACCAUGCUACCAAGUGCAGUGUAUGAAGCGCUACAUGACCCAGGCUGCAGGCUCAGUGUAUUCACAGACCACAAGCGUGGAUGAACGCUCAGUUGGUGUCUGAAUAGCAGAGGAAUACGAGAACUACUCAUCAGCAAAACAAAUGCAGUCUCAUUUUAUAUGUACUAGUGGAAAUAAGAUCAAAUUAUGUUUGCAUGUGUUAUAUAACCCUGCUUUUAGGUAAGUACAGACGAAAGCUAAAUGCACCUUUGUAAAAAUGUUUGCACACUUUCAGAAAAAAGGAUAAUAAACUGUACCUUUUCUUUUUGCUGGCUGA